CUGUCAUUCAAAAACGCCAUAACGGAGAAAAAAACGACGAAGAAUGCGUUAAUCGUUUUAGAGAGAGAAACAAAACAAAACCAACUCUCUUCUCUUCCCUCUCUCUCUCUCCUCCAUUUCUAACCGUUUUCUUUCUCCUCUUAUCUCAGAUCUUUGCAUAAACCCUAUUCCAUUCCAUUCACAAAACCAUAACCCUCAAGAUUCUCUCUCUCUCUCUCUCUCUCUCUCUCUCUCCAUUUUCUCUGCAAUUUUCUCUCUCAUUUUCCGUUUGUUUCCCGGAAAAUUCUCUCCGAUCUCCCAGCCUCUUCUUUCUGGAAGAUUCCAACCGUUUCUUGCUCCGCUUUUCGCUCCGCUUCGCUGCUCCCGCUCCUCCGCGUUCGAGUUGAACGACAUUUCCGCGAUUUUCCGAUUGCUGACUCCGCCGGUAAAGUCGGGUUUUCCGGGAAAAACUGGUGGAUUCUGGAUUUGUCAGAAUGUUGAAGAUUUCCAUCAUGAAUCCACGGUUGUUGUUGUUGUUUUAGUAGCAGGAAGAAGAAGAAGAACGAGAAUUGGAUUACCAUUACCAUGGAUGAUAGAGGUGGUUCAUUCGUCGCUGUUAGGAGGAUUUCGCAGGGUCUUGACCGAGGCAACGCGUGCCAUUCAACUUCUGCUGAGUUUGUGACAGGAUCAACUGCAUGGAUUGGCAGAGGUUUGUCAUGUGUCUGUGCACAGAGAAGAGAGAGCGAUGCUCGGCCCUCUUUUGAUUUAACUCCAUCUCAGGAGGAAUGCUUGCAGAGGCUACAGAGUCGUAUAGAUGUUCAAUAUGAUAGUUCUAUCCCUGAGCACCAGGAUGCCCUAAGGGCUUUAUGGAAUGCUGCUUUUCCUGAAGAAGAACUCAAGGGUAUGAUUUCUGAGCAGUGGAAGGACAUGGGCUGGCAAGGAAAGGAUCCAGCAACAGAUUUUAGGGGUGGUGGUUACAUAUCAUUAGAAAAUUUGCUCUUUUUUGCGAGGAAUUUCCCGAAAUCUUUUCAGGACCUUUUACGCAAGCAGGAAGGAGAUCGAUCAGUGUGGGAAUACCCAUUUGCUGUUGCUGGUGUUAACAUAACAUUCAUGCUUAUUCAGAUGCUGGAUCUUGAAGCAGUCAAGCCACGGACACUUGUAGGAGCAACUUUCCUUCAAUUUCUUGCAGAAAACGAAUCAGCUUUUGAUCUUCUCUAUUGCAUUACGUUCAAGCUGAUGGAUCAUCAAUGGCUUUCUAUGCGCGCAUCAUACAUGGAUUUUAAUACAGUGAUGAAAUCUACACGCCGUCAGCUGGAGAAUGAGCUUCUGCUUGAAGACAUUACACGGCUUGAAGAUGUACCCUCAUACAAACUUCUCGCACGAUAGAUAUCGACGCCUAGUCUUCCAGUCCACUAGUUUUAACUUGAAGGUUGUUGUACUUGAUGUGAUGCUACUCUUAUAAUUUCCACUCCUUCCACUUCAGCAUUUAACCUUCUAACAUUUGAGUGUUAGACCAAGGCAAGCCAGUAUGAUGUCAUCAAGGCUGUGAGUGCAGUAGUUCUUCUAAUCUAGUUGGAGGAUGACAUUGCUGGCUAGGGGAAAUUUGAAAUGUAGGUUUGCUUGGUACCGAAAAGAGAUUAGAUUGUAAUGAAUUGUGGUGUGGCUAUAUAUUUUCUUUACUUUCCAUUAAAGGGGAAAUACAGCUUGCAGUUGCAGUAUUGUAAUUCAGGCAGUUAGUCCUUAAGUUGGUAGCUACUGUCUGGCCAUGUUUGUGAAGCAACUUGUAUGCAUAUUUGUUUUGCGUAAAAGAUUCAAUGUUUGAGUUUGAUGAAAAGUAUUUCAACUACA